ACUUUUACAUAGUUAAUGCUCAAUAGAAAAGUGACGUUGAAUGAAAUUUUCGUAGAUAGAUCAAUCACGAAAUAAAAUAAUCUAAAUGUAUAAACAAUACAUAUGUAAAACACUCGUAAAAAUAUGAAAUAACACCAAUUAAGCAUGAAAUAGAAAUGUUUACAUAGUGUAUUCUCUUAGUGAUUACCUUCCAUCUAUUGACAUAAUAAUGUGUUAUGACAAGACAAACAGUAAAAUAUUAUUGGUACUUUCGCAAAAUAUGUAAAAAUAGCUUUAUAUAUUUCUCUAUUACACACAUAUAUUAUUAAAUUUAUUAAAUGUAUUAAAUAUUCUGUGAUAUUCGCAAAAGUGUAUUUUAUAUCAAUUUCUGACAAACUUCAGGAUAAAUCGCGAAGCUUUUAAUUCAGGAAGUUGGUAAAAAAAAACAUUGGAUAUUAUAAAAUAACGUGUAUACUGUGAUUUGGUUGAAGUGCAUAACUUUAUACAGACGCUUCUGACACAUUUCCUGAAGUUUCAUAAACUUUAAAAAAUCUUAAAAUGGGAUCAGAGCAAAGCUCUCAAAGUAGUAAUCAAAAUGCCAAUAAUGGAAAAACAAGGACGAAUCAACUCAGACGUGGCAAAAGUGUUCCAAAUCGCGAGAGAAUGCCAGAAGACACUCCACCAAGGUGUACCAGCCCUGGCGCCAGCAUUUGUUCUGAUUCCGAUCUUCCAUAUAUUUCUUAUACAGUGAAUCGACCUAUCGGAGAUUCGCCAAAGAUGACAAACAAACAAUCACAACUCUAUAGGGGAAAGAGUAUUGGAGCUGGCGAAAUCUCAAGGCGGAAAAAUAGCCUAGGCACAACAAAUCACAAUCACAGGAAAAUUAAUACAUCGGACAACAAAAUGCACAAUAUCGUAGUGGUAAAACCAGCUCAAACAGACCUUACAGCGGACAAGGAUCCUGACAUAAUGAAACUACAAAGUAUCCCAAUGUUCCUACCUAUCAUGCGUGGCACUUUGAAUCUACCACCAGGUGUACGCGAUCCGGAAGUCCUGGAAAGGCUUGAUCCUGUUGGUCUGUUCAAUCUAUGUGCACGAUAUCAACAUCACCUCAAUACGAAUGCGCAGACAAUAGCGAUGGAGCAAGCCGCUCUAUGUACUAGCAUGGAAGUGGAAUUUGGUAAAGUGCUAAACCUUGCUAUAGAUCGACAGAAGAGAUUUGCUAGAUUUGCAGAACAGAUGAACAAAGUACACGAGCUUAGCCGUCAGCUCACUAGAUGCCAUUCGCUCCUCAAUCAAACCCUCGAAAGCCUCGAAACGCUCAACAAUCUGUUGCCAGUAGAAGAAAGACUUGAGCCCUUUGUAUGGACCACAGGUUAAAUACAUCCAAAUUAUAAGAGGAAUUACAUCGCUUAUAUUUCAGCAAAAAACCUAGGGUCUAUAAAAUGUUUGUGUUCUUUCACAAAAAAAUUGUGAUUAAAAAGUGCAAAUAACUUUGGAAAAUUAGCCAGUUUCAAGAGAGAAACUUCAAUUAAUUCCAUUAUAAUAGUUGUAAUUUCCAGAUUCAACUUGCAUUCGACACAAUCAUAACAUAAUUAAAUCAAUAAAAAAAAUUUUUGAAAAAGAAAAA